AUUAGCUAUGCUCAACGACCCAGCAAAUCUCAUCCCCAAACUUAAGAAGAAAACCGUUUCCGGUCCCCGGUCACCAAUCUCAGCGCUUAGAUGCAGUAAUUUCUGGGAAAUUAACGGUGAAUUGAUGUUGAUUCUGGCAGUGUUUGGGUUCUUUCCUUUUUUCUUUGAAAUGAUUUGUUUAUUCAAUUAAGUAAUUGGUUUAUCAGGUCGGAUUUAUUAUAUUCUGUUUUGAGAAUUGGGCAAUUUCGAUUUGUCGAAUGGAGCUACAAAGCGAUGCGAAUUAGAAAAUAAGACUGCAUUGGGAUUUGUGAUUUAUGAACUUUUGAUUGAUUAAUUGGUUAAAAACUAAAUUGUGGAGUAAUUAAUGAUUGAUAAAUUCAUAAAUUUUCAUCUUUUAUCGAGAUUAUUAAAUCUCUUCAUGGCCGUUACCAAAGAUUCAAGUUGUAUGUUUGAUGGUUAUGAUUUCAAAUUAUUUUAGUUUUAUUUUAUUUAGAGGUACGGAUUUCUGAUAUAAUUCCUUCUGGGUGUUGUUUUUCAUUCAGGUAACUGGAUUGGGGUUAUAGUAAUGUUUCUAGCAGAGUUUUAAAUUCCACCCUUGAAGUUUUGAUUUUUAGGUGUGAUAAUGUAUCGGCCAGUGGCUACUGCCACAACACGGGGAGGAAUCCCCACAGAUAGUGGAGAUGCUAUUGUGACCUUGGAUCAAGUUCCGCGGUGGAGUGAUGCUGAGCAUAGGUCUUUGGAGUAUGAGAAUGAGGAUCCCACAUUUUCUAAUUCCUAUUUCCCUGAUCCUUUGACUUCUCCUGGUGAGGAAAGUAGUAGCUAUGGGAUGGUCUCAAGGUUUCCUGUUGAUCAUGAAAUAAACUCUAAGAUUUAUUUGUGGAGGGGGCAGCCUUGGAACCUUGAAGUGGAUGCUGUUGUUAAUUCUACAAAUGAGAACUUGGAUGAAGCACAUAGUAGCACUGGUUUGCAUGCAGCAGCUGGACCUGGUCUUGCAGAAGAGUGUGCAACCCUGGGAGGAUGCAGAACAGGGAUGGCCAAAGUUACUAAUGCUUAUGACCUUCCUGCUAGGAGGGUUAUCCAUACUGUUGGUCCCAAGUAUGCAGUAAAGUAUCAUACUGCUGCAGAGAAUGCUCUGAGCCACUGUUAUCGAUCUUGCCUUGAACUCCUUAUUGAGAAUGGGCUUCACAGCAUUGCCAUGGGCUGUAUAUACACAGAGGCCAAAAACUAUCCACGUGAACCCGCUGCACAUGUGGCUAUAAGGACUGUGCGGCGAUUUCUUGAAAAACAGAAAGAUAAAAUCAGUGCUGUUGUCUUCUGUACUACAACAUCAUCUGAUACAGAAAUAUAUAAAAGAUUGCUACCCCUUUACUUUCCCCGAGAUAAACAUGAAGAAGAGGUAGCCAUAUCAAAGCUUCCUGCUGAUGUUGGGGAUGAGAAUGGUGAGACUAUCAUUGAUGAGCGAAAAAUCAGAAUCAAGCCACUGCCCAAAAAGACUGUCUCAAAGCAACCCCAGGCUCCAGUAGAUCUCCCUGUUAGUGAUGUGGGCUUGGUGCGAAGGAAUUCUAAUUACUUGGAUUCAUAUUUGGAUCCUGCUUUCAUGUCGCUAAUUAAAGAUCCAGAUGAGAGACGGAAGGAACAGUGGGAAAAGACUGCUCAAGCACAAAGUGGAUGGAACUGUGCCAAGGUGCUAGGGUUUGGUGACCUCGGUGGGCCUGCAUUAUCUGCUGCUGAAGAAUACUCACUACACUCUAGAUACCUCACCAAGGCAAAUUCUCUAAAUCUUUCUGAAAUUGCAGAGAUGAAGAUUGUUUACCGUGGUGGGGUAGAUAGUGAGGGCCGCCCUGUGAUGGUUGUUGUUGGAGCACAUUUUUUACUGCGAUGUCUUGAGCUGGAGCGUUUUGUGCUUUAUGUAAUUAAGGAAUUUGAGCCCUUGAUACAAAAGCCUUAUACCAUUGUUUACUUCCACUCUGCAGCAUCUUUACAGCUCCAGCCAGAUUUGGGAUGGAUGAGAAGAUUACAGCAAAUACUUGGUCGGAAGCACCAACGUAACCUUCAUGCUAUAUAUGUUCUUCACCCAACCUUUCACUUAAAGGCGACAAUUUUUGCUUUGCAAAUGUUUGUAGACAAUGUGGUAAGUUGUUACAAUGUGGUGUGGAACAAAGUGGUGUAUGUUGAUAGGCUUCUGCAGCUAUUCAGAUAUGUUCCUCGUGAGCAAUUGACCAUCCCUGAUUUUGUGUUCCAGCAUGACUUAGAAGUAAAUGGAGGAAAGGGUCUAAUUGUUGAUCCUAGAACAAAGUAUGUCUAUCCUCGGCCGUAGCCGUAAGAUGUGCAGUUCCAGCAGAUAAUAAAGAAUUUAUUUAUUUUUCAUUUACUCUUUAUAGUAUUUUGUAGGUGGGUGGGAAUUGCAUUUUGGGUCUUGAUGAUGUAGUGCUAUUUUUUUCUUUUGAACAUUUGAUGAUGUAGCACUAUUGAUUCUUAAUUUGUUCAACAAAUUUAUCUGUUUGUUCUAUGAAAGUGAAAUAAAAGUCGGUGUAAUUUGAGUUGUUGAAAUUAUAGUUGAUUUUUGAACAUGGAGUUGUCAAUUAUAAAAUAUAUGCGAUCAG